UAUUAUCAGUUUUCUUCACAUUGAUUGAAUUCUAUCAAACAAAAAACACAUAUAAGGACUCAAAUUUAAUGCCACAUUUUGAUUAAUGAUGCAAUAAUAGUAAGAUAGUGCUUUUUUAGUCUUGAUUCAUACUUUCUCAUCAAAUGUCAGAAUAUUUCAAUACUUCGGAUUCUUCCAAUUUUACAAAUAGUCUUGAUCAAAAAGGUUCAAAAGACCAGGUUGAUUUAGAUGAUUUUUUAUAUAAACCAAUUCCAAAGAUUUUAUCAAUUCAAUCCCACGUUACUCAUGGGUAUGUUGGAAAUAGAGCUGCGUGUUUCCCUUUACAAAUCAACGGAUGGGAUGUUGAUAUAUUUAAUACUGUAAACUAUUCAAAUCAUACAGGCUAUGGGUUAGUCAAGGGUUCAAUAACUGAAAAGGUUGAUUUGGAAAAUAUAUUUCAAAAUUUAUUAGAUCUAGAUUUGGUUAAUUAUAAUGGUAUAUUAACUGGCUAUAUACCAAACGAUAAAUCUUUAUCUCUAAUAAGUCAAUUUUCGCAAAAGAUUAAAGAUUUGAAUAGGGAGAAAAAAAAGGAUCUUUUAUGGUUACUAGAUCCUGUAAUGGGUGAUGAAGGAAUUUUAUAUGUUGAUGAAAGUGUUGUCCCAAUUUAUAGAGAUAUUAUAUUGGUAAAUGAUAUUGACAUUAUAACACCAAAUCAGUUUGAAGCUGAGUUAUUAUUAGAUUAUUCAAUAAGUUCAUUUGAUGAUCUAAAAAAAGCCUUUAGUGAUUUUCACAAUAACUUUAAUCUAAAAUACGUGAUAAUAACUUCAAUCAAGUUGAAUGAUAAACUAUAUUGUGCAUGUUCAUCAUUGCAAAAUGGUGAUGGUGAUGGUAAUAAUAAUGAUAAUGAUAAUGAUAAUGAUAAUAAUAAUGAUAAUGAUAAUGAUAAUGGCAAAGAAAAGUCCGUUGUUUUAUUUGAGAUCAAGACUAUAAAUUCUUAUUUCACUGGUGUUGGUGAUUUAUUCAGUGCCUUGGUUAUUGAUAAAAUUUAUAAUCAAAAGGAUAAUUUGAUUGGUUGCGUCAAUGAAGUUUUGACUAUCAUGUACAAAGUCUUAAAUUUGACUGCAAUAUUAUCUAAAAAGGAUAUUGAAUUACAUAAUGAUAACAAUUCUAUAGAUGGUGGUAAAAUUGGCGAUUCAGAUUCCAUGAAAUAUUAUGAAUUACGAAUCAUUGAAUCAAGAAGCUUUUAUACCCAAUCGGAGAAGAUGUAUAAAGCAAUUUAUAUAUAAUUUAUAUGUAAUCUACUAAAUUACUAAAUUACUAGAUAAAAUAGAUAAAAUAGAUAAAAUAGAUAAGAUAGAUAAGAUAGAUAAAAUGAAAUAUUAUAUUGAUUUAGACCCGGUUAGGAAAAGGAAUGAGAUGAAUUAGUUCAAUAAAAUAAAUACACAAAACACAAAAAAUUAUUAA